AUGAAAAUUUUGGUAGUGCAUUUCAUCUCGCCAAUACAAUACCAGGGGAGGUCCCCGUGGGAGCAGAAGAUUCUGGCAGCACUGCGGACGUACAGGGACUUGAAUGGCGAUCUCCUCGUGCCCCAGUCGCUUGUGAUUCCCACAGGGGAUGAGCGCUGGCCAUCGGUGACGUGGGGAUACAAGCUAGGAACUGCGGUGAGAGAUCUCCGGUGGAGGCUCCAGAGCAAGUCGCCUCUUCCCACUGGGAUGAAGGAGGAGCUGGAGAAAAUGAGCUUCGUCAAGAACAUGGCCCAAUAUAAGUGGGAUAACAUUGUCCUGCCGGCGCUGCAGAGGCAAUUCCGAAGAGUGCACGGCCACGCGGACGUCCCCACGGACUUUGUCGUCCCGACCGGUGACGAGGCGUGGCCAGAGCUGGCGUGGGGUUUCCGACUGGGAGGCACCGUCAGUCGCAUUCGACGAGUAAACGCGUAUCGCACUCUAGUGGCUGCGUCGAAGGAGGAGCUCGACCGGAUGGGCUUUUGCUAUGACAUGACGAUCGCUGAACGCGACUGGAAGGAGAAGAUUCUGCCCGCGUUUCAAGUGUACCGGCAAGAGUUCGGGGAUUGCAUCGUUGGAUACUCGUUUACGGUGCCAUCUUGUCCUCCGUGGCCAGAGAAGGCUUGGAAAAUGCCACUUGGGGUCAUCGUUCAUGGCAUACGAACCAGUUUAAUCUACGCGGAGCAAGUGGCUCGAGACAAGGACGUGCUUGAUGCCCUCGGUUUUGCGUGGAGUCGUGGUGAUGCAGUGUGGAGUGAAAUCCUUAUGCCAACCCUUCAAGCUUACGUCAAUGUGUACGGGGAUGGCAAUAUCCCAAUCAAAUUUGAGGUUCCUUCCGAAGAUCCUUGGCCAAGAAAAACAUGGGGAAAGAAGCUAGGCAUGGCUCUCUAUCAAAUGCGACACCGAGGACAGUUUUUUGCAGGCUACGGGCACGACAUCGACAAGCUGGACGAGCUCGGGGUGAACAUCAAACUAUCGUCUCAAGCGUGGGACAAGCGCGUCGUUCCGUUGCUGGAGGUGUACGCGGAGCUGUAUGUAGACGAAGAAGUUCCAGCUGACUUCGUGGUACCAUCGGAGGAUCCGUGGGAGAAAAAACUCUGGGGCGUGCGUCUGGGGCUUAUUGUGGCGCGCAACUCGCAGUUUAUGGCUCGAAAGUAG